UUCUUUCUGCCUGCCUGCAUACCUGCUACGCACCGGCACGCCAUGCUCUCCAUGACACACACUGCUUAAUUUGACAUCUUAUAUUCCCCCGUGCUUACGCCUCGGUGCUUGAAGUGUUUUGCCACAAGUAUCUCGUCCUUCAUCUUAUCUCCUCAUCUUUUGCGACCGAGAGGCGUCUGGUCUUGCUUCCUCCAGGCAACAAUUUAUUGCUUCCCACUUCACACUUUCAUCGCGUCGACAUCUCCAGGCUCCAGCAUACGGACCCUGCGGAAGCUCAGAUGCCCCACCAAGACAACCUUUACUCUGUAGAGGAGUCGGACAAUGAAUCGUUUAGUGACGAAUUAAGCCCCGCAGAUGGAUACUUCAAUCGUGGGGAGAUCUCGGCCCAGGCCAUGGUCCCCGACCCUUCAAUUGAGGAUUCGAAGGAGCCAGAGGCAAAGACGUUGAUCCCCCCGCAUCUCCUGGAAAGCAUGGGAAGAGACUCGAGGAUAUCGCAACACUCGUCGUCGUUACCGUCACAGAGUUACGCGUCAGCGCACUCCGCUGGCACUUCCGUCCCCUCCCACUCUUCAUAUAUACCGACGUCUCCAGUGUCCUCUCGUCGACUUGAUGACUUGUUUCCAAGGCGGCCUGCUUCGAUGAACGGUCCCCCUCCAGCAUACACGCCGUCCCCCGAACCAACAUCCUCCCCCACUCAGGAACCAAGCCAACCAAGCCAACCAAUUCAGCCAAUUCAACCAAUUCAACCUCCACCAAGUCAACCUGUUCAACCAAGUCAACAGAGCCCGCCAAGCCCAAUUACCUACAACACAUUCCCAGAGCAACACCUUGAGCGAGGAUUCCUCCCACGACGAGAGGAGCCAGAGAGCAUGGGAAGUCCAGAAGAAAUACCCAGCGAGUCAACUUCCCUAUCACGGAGUACUAGAAGACGUUCUCCCUGCCGAACUUUCCUUCGGAAGCUGCUCCUGGUUGCGCUUGCCUUUACUGUGACAAGCACUAUCUUGACUGCCAUCUUCGGUGGUUCUAAAUCUGGCCACGACCUAAACCCACCAAAAGACAUGCCGCCAUCUAAUGAUCGGCCGGACGAUGCUGCGGGACCGUACUGUCCCUCGGCUACACAUAACGAAGAUGUGGCUACCUACGAAUUCCCAAUUGGUGCGGACCUGACUAUCGUUCAAAUGACUUAUGAUGGAGAUGACGGAUACCGCACGGUCAACGUGGGAACUGCGGGCGAGAUCCGUUUGAGGCGAAUACCAAAGGAUUCGAGCCAUGGCAACCAGGCAUUCAUCACUGUUGACGCCCGUGUCAGCGACCCCAGUUUAAAGGUGAGGAAGACUUGGAACCACGCAACUAGAGUUUUGCAUGUCAGUACCCCAAAAUAUGCUCGACUUGAUGGCAGAGGCCCGCAUUGCGUCUCUCUCGAGAUUACAGCAUGGUUUCCAGAGGAUGCAGAGUUUACGAGCUUAAUGAUCGAGGCUAUCCAUCUUACCUUGAGGGUGGUGGAAGACAUUAAGAUCAAUGUGAGUGGACAGUCAAUAUUUGGCACCACCACUGGUCAAGUGGCGUUUCCAGAGACCAGCCUUUUGGGGUCGACCACCGAGCUCCCCGCAUUGUCCGAGAUUUCUCCUUCCACGGAUUUGGAUAAGAGUGGUGGCGUUUCGUCGUCUACCGCCCGGGCCAAUCCUCCCUUCUCAUCACGGCGCAUCCUCGUGGAAACCGUGUCGGGCUCAAUUACUGGAUGUUACCCUCUCAUGGACUACCUCGGCCUGUCUUCACAAUCGGGAUCCAUAAAAGUAAAUGUAUUCCCACAGCCCGUCUUGCCUGCUGCGCCAGCGCCAGCAGAACUCGAGGCCCAGACUGCUUCCGGUUCGAUCGAAGUCAAUUUGCCAGUUAGAGGCGCAGUAAAUCCGACUUACGUUCCUCCUCCUCGAAAUUACACCACUCGGGUCCAUUCAAGCGCCGGUAGCAUCAAUGGGUCAUUCUACCUCGGCUCGGUCAGCAAUUUCAAUUCCGUAUCUGGCAGCAUUCACAUCGCCACGAUGCCAGUCCUGCAAGCGGGGAGCGCCAACGUGUCGGGACUCCCGCCAAAUUCGUUCAACACCCAUACCGUCAGUGGAGGUAUUGACAUCGAUGUAUUGGACCCCAUCUUCAUCACUAUGGUACCGUAUGUAGAUGAAAGACCAGAGCGGCGGCCUCAGUCAAAUCCUUACCUUCCCAUCCACGACGAUGAUCCUUACCUCAUUUCCCCCCCAAGCAUGGAGAAGGCGCUAUUCACGGUGGAUGACCCAGAUGCCUUCAAGAAAAAGACGCUACGAAACCUCCAGUCAAGCCAUGGUUCACAAUCCUCAAGUAUCUCCGUUCGCUAUCCUGCCGUAUGGGAAGGCACGUUAUACGCGAAGACGAUGACAGGGAGCAUUAAGGCGGCAGGUCAUGGUCUGCGAAUGAUUCGUGAGAAGAGAGGUUUUGCCUCCAGUGAACUCUUGAUGAGGAAAGGAGUUGAUACGGAUGAUGAUGGCUGUUUUGUUGAGAUGUCAAAUAUUGCUGGGGGCUUGAAUUUCCUUGUUGGGUCCCCUGUUUGAUCAAAUAUGAUUAAUGCCUUCGCUUGAUGGCGUUCGGUAUACACGAAAGGCAAGGAAUUUGGCGUUUUGGGUCUGGUCUGAAGUACAAAACAAACAGUACAGCGAAUUUACAAAAAUAUAU